AUGGAUCUGCGGCGCUGCGUGCAGGCGCUCCUGCUGCUCUGGCUCUCCCUGACUGCGGCGUGUGGAGGGCCCCUGCUGCAGCCUUCUGAUGGCAGGGGGCUGGAGGAGGGCAAUGUCCGCCACCUGGUGCAGCCCAGAGGAUCACGGAAUGGACCGGGGCCCUGGCAGGGCGGUCGGAGGAAAUUCCGCCGCCAGCGGCCGCGCCUCUCGCACAAGGGCCCCAUGCCUUUCUGA